CUUGCCAAUUUGGAAAAUGAGAUCCGUCAAGGCAGCAAUUUUGCUCGCUGGCAGUUUGCUGCUGUUGGCACUGCCCGUACAGUCGGCACCUGGUAACCUGAACGGUCGUGUGGUGGGCGGUGAGGAUGCGGGGAAAAAUCAGUUUCCCCACCAGGUGUCCCUGAGGAACGGUGGCUCCCACACCUGUGGAGGUUCGAUUCUGUCCAGGAACUACAUCUUAACCGCCUCCCAUUGUGUGUCCAACGAGGACGCGAAUCAUGUGAUUACGCCGAUUGCGGCCGAGCGUUUCACCAUUCGAGCGGGCUCCAACGACCGAUUCAGCGGUGGAGUAAUUAUCCAAGUGGCCGAGGUGAUUGUCCACGAGGAGUACGGCAAGUUACUAAACGACGUGGCCCUGCUGCGACUAGAGACGCCACUGAUCCUGUCCGCGAGCACUCAGCCCAUUGCUCUGCCCACCGAGGAUACGCCAGCGGAUGUGGACGUCAUCAUUUCCGGCUGGGGAAGGAUCAAGCACCAGGGAGAUCUGCCGCGUUAUCUCCAGUACAACACCCUGAAGUCCAUUUCCUUGGAUAGGUGCAACCAGCUGAUCGGCUGGGGAAUCCAGAGCGAGUUGUGUCUCAUCCACGAGGCCAACAAUGGGGCCUGCAAUGGGGACUCUGGUGGUCCGGCCGUGUAUAACAACGAACUGGUGGGCGUGGCCGGGUUCGUGUGGUCUGCCUGUGGAACCACCUAUCCAGAUGGAUAUGCCAGGGUGUACUACCACAACGCAUGGAUCAGGAAUAACUCGGAUGUGAAAUAUUGGGGAGAGGUGAUCCAAUUGGAUCUAUACAAGAUCGGACAUCUGCGGCUAUAUUUGGACGAUAAGUUAUUGAUGGUUGGGCAUUGCCCAUUUGAAAAAAUGACAACCGGUAAAGUCACGAUUUUGUUCUGCAGCUUCCUGCUGUUCCUGGUGCUCCCCGUACAGUCGGCACCUGGUAAACUAAACGGCCGAGUGGUGGGCGGUGAGGAUGCGGUGAAAAAUCAGUUUCCCCACCAGGUGUCCCUGCGCAACGGUGGCUCCCACACCUGUGGAGGCUCGAUUCUGUCCAGGAACUACAUCUUAACCGCCUCCCAUUGUGUGUCCAACGAGGACGCGAAUCAUGUGAUUACGCCGAUUGCGGCCGAGCGUUUCACCAUUCGAGCGGGCUCCAACGACCGAUUCAGCGGUGGAGUAAUUAUCCAGGUGGCCGAGGUGAUUGUCCACGAGGAGUACGGCAACUUCCUAAACGACGUGGCGCUGCUGCGACUAGAAACCCCACUGAUCCUGUCCACGAGCAUUCAACCCAUUGCUCUGCCCACCGAGGACACGCCAGCGGAUGUGGACGUCAUCAUUUCCGGCUGGGGAAGGAUCAAGCACCAGGGAGAUCUGCCGCGUUAUCUCCAGUACAACACCCUGAAGUCGAUAACGACGGAGCAGUGCGAGGAGCUGAUCGAGUUUGGAUUCGAGGGCGAGCUGUGCCUGAUCCACCCGGUGGACAAUGGUGCUUGCAAUGGCGACUCCGGUGGCCCGGCCGUAUAUAACAACGAAGUGGUGGGCGUGGCCGGAUUCGUCGUGGGCAGGUGUGGGACCAGCAAUCCGGACGGAUAUGCCAGGGUGUUCUACUUCAAGGACUGGAUCAAAAAGCACUCUGAUGUCUAAGAAUAUCAAACAAGAAAUGCUUGUGUUAAUUAAAACUAGGACAUAACAAGUUUUUUUUUUGAGUUUGAGUUUAAAUAUGAAAACUUUAUAAAUAAAAAAUGUUUUAUGUAUUAUUGUUAAUUAUGGCAAAGCGGAAACCUAAAAAGUAGGUGUAUUACUUGGUAUUUCAUGAAAUUAAAAUUCGAUUAAAUUCAAUGCUCUAUA